CUUCCCUCCCCUGGGCCCUGCUCCCUGCCCUCCUGGGCAGCCAGGGCAGCAAGGACGGCACCAAGGGAGUUGCCCCAUGGACAGGGCCCCACAGAGACACCACCGAGCCUCGCAGGAGCUGCUGGCUGCAAAGAAGACCCACACCUGUGAGUAGAGGAUUGGGGCAGGAACUGGUGCUGGGGUGUGGAGAGAUGGCAAAGAAUUCAGCAAGAGCGCCAGGAGGUCCAUGUAAAAGCAAGGCACAUGCCUUGCAUGCACGGAGCUGGAGCAACCGGGCAGAGGUGGCCAGAUCUGAAAGGAGGUGGAGCUGAAAAACCAGGGACAUGAGGAGAUGAGGAGGAGGAGUGAUGAAACCUCAAGAAUGGGGGGCAAAGGGAGGCAAUAACGGAGAAGCCUGAAAAGUGCAAGGGAGUGUCGCAAAGAAGUAAGGAGAGGACAGUGAAAGGGAGCCACAGGAAGGAGAGGGAGCUGCUGGACAGAGGCACAGGAGAUGCUGGGUGGGGCAGCGGGGGGUGGGCGGUGGCGGAGAUCCUAGGUCAGGCAGGGAGAUGCUGAGGCAGGGUGGCCUCAGGGACUCAGGGUGCCUGCACCAGGCUUUGUGGCGGCAGAGUCAGGUUUGCUGUGUGUCUCUGUGGUUAACACAUCCCAAGGCAUGAACAGGCCUGGGGCCAGCCUGUGCAGAGCAGGAGAACAGGAAAGCCUUCAUCUUGGUAGGAAACACGUGGAGAGAAACACUCUGGGUCCUGCGGACAUUGAAAGACUGAGGCUGCAACAUGUGAGGAAGGGAUUAGAGCCCAGGAAGGACUUACCAAUGGAUACUAGCAAGGAAUACCUUCUCUUGGGAACUCUCAACUCAUCAGAUCUAUCCUCCUACUUCAUAAGAGAGGCUACACCCCCAGAAAAUGCACCCAUUGCACCUUGGUCUCAAAGCUCAUGUCCCAUCAACGUGCCCUUCCAGGCCCAGGAUGCCUUCUCAGAAUCCUUGAACUGAGGAGGACCACUCCAGGGCAUGAGUGGUCACCUGCCCUUCUCCAUGGCCCCCCCUUGGACUGCCUACCAGUUUCUCCUGAGAGCUCACUGCAGUUCUUUCUGCUGCCAUCAUGGCCUAGAGCUCCCUGUUCCGAGCAGAGAGAUCUCAGAGGGCCCAAGCAUCACCCUCCUCCCUGAGCUGGUCAGAUAGGGGCUGGGAGGCCACCAGGAGGCUACAUCCUUCUGAGUGGGGGGUUGCUUUGCUCAGCACAAUCCUGAUCAGUGCCUCGCCUGCCCCUAGCCACAGGGCCCCACGGAAAUGCUGAGCAGGGCCCUGGGAGGAAAGCGGGUCAAGGAGUGACGCGGGUGAGCUGAGGGAGGUGGGGGCCAGGGACCAUAUGUGGGUGGGGGGGAGAAGGGGGACUUUCGGAGCAUCUGGAACUGGAAGAGGCUAAACGCCAUUCCUACCCUCAACCCCUUACCACAGAAACCUCGGCCAGGACCACACCCCCUCACCCCCUUCCAACCCCCCGGCCCUGUGCAACCAUACCUCCACCCCACCCCCACCCGUGAGGGUCCUCAGGAGAACAUGGGCUGACAGCCCCUCCCCCACCCACUGCCAGCUCCUGAGUGCCCAAGGAAGGCCAGUGGGGAAAGGCCUGUGCCAGGCGCCAUUAGAGUCCCAGCAAGAUCAGAGGCCUCUUAGGAGGUUUGGCCCAGAUAAUCCAGGAAAGAUUAAUGCCUCCUCCAGGCCCGGAGACUCUGAAAAGUGGGCUCUGGAAGUGGAGACAGUCGUAAAAGGGGCCUCCAAGACAACCCCAGGAAGGGAGACGCCCAAGAGGGACUCCCAGACUGAAAGGGGCACCUGAUUACUAAGGGGUCCUGAAGAGGGAACCCCGAGGCUGAGGUGCCCACAGAGCAGAUAUGAGGCUGAGAGGGCCUCUGAGGUUGAUGGACCCCAGAGAAGGAUUCCAAGACCAAGAAACUCUACAGAGACUCCCAUAGCAGGAGACCCUCCUAAGCAGACCUGAACCAGAGAAAGCUUCCCAUUUCUCAAGUGUAAUCUGGGGUCAAACACCCUGAUUUUGAGUCCUGACUCCACCACUUUGCUAGCUAUGUCACCUCAGACAAGUUACUUAACCUCUCUGUGUCUCACUGUCCUCAUCUCUGAAGUAGGGAUAAUGGUACCUACAACAUAAAGCUUUCUGUGAGGAUUAGAUCAUCCACAUAAAGCCUUAAGGACCGUUUCUGGCACAUGGUUAAGCAUUAUUAUUAACAUCAUCUUCAUUCCAAGUUCGGCAGUUUUGCUCCUGAGGAAAUUUCUGACCGACUAAUCCCUCCUACAGAUAGUGGCAUUUGUCUGAUGGUUAUUGCUGCUACUAUAAUCACUUAUGCCCUAGCCCAGGGCAUGUACCGUGUGCAGGGAGGGCAUGAGCGUGGUGGGUGGUGGGCAGCCUCCCAGACUGCAUCUCACUGAGCACGGCUGUUGGCAGUCCACAGGGUGGCAGGUGGCCCCAGGCAGACAUUCUGUGACUUACCUCUAGAAAUAGCCCCGUCCCUGGAGUCACCUGGCAAAGAGGGUCAGGCUCUCGGGGAUCCUCGGGGGGAGGGGGAGUAAGGACCUGGCCCCAGGCUCGUGUGAGCUCCAUUCCGGCUCCCCAGCCAGAACUACCCUGGCGGGUGGAAACAGCUUUUACGCGUGUGGCUGUCGCCUGUGGUUUUGGAAUUUUCCAACGCCCCCUGCGAUUGGCUGCCCCGCCCCUCACACUCUGCCCCAGGCCCAGAUUGGCCACAUGGGGCGCCUGUCAUCCUACCCACUGCACCCCAGGGGGGGUUGGGGGGUGGAGUUGGGGGGGGUUGUCACUCGGCCACCUGUGUGGUGCAGAUCUUAAACCCCCCGGCCCAGAAGCAUUGGGGGAGAGCUAGGUGCAGAGCUGCGGACUGAGGCUCUGCCAAGAGGGCCUGGCCCCCACCCCUGCUGUCAGCUGCGCCCCAUCCCUGGACCACCCCGGCUGAGAAGGACAGGGAGCCCAGGCGGCAAAGCCCAGGACUCAGUCAUGAGAAAACUGGUACAACCCCAGCCGCUCCGCAAAACUAAAACAGCCUCCACAGAUCCUUUGCUGAGUGGCAUUUGGCAUUCACUCCUUCGUCCAUCUUAUUGUUGUUGUUCAGUUGUUGUAGCCCGCCAGGCUCCUCUGUCCAUGGGAUUCUCCAGCACAAAUUGAAGUGAUUCCGUGUAAAAUCUGUGGGGACAAGUCAUCUGGGAUCCACUACGGGGUUAUCACCUGUGAGGGGUGCAAGGGCUUCUUCCGCCGGAGCCAGCAGUGCAACGUGGCCUACUCCUGCACGCGCCAGCAGAACUGCCCCAUCGACCGCACGAGCCGCAACCGAUGCCAGCACUGCCGCCUGCAGAAGUGCCUGGCCCUGGGCAUGUCCCGAGAUGCUGUCAAGUUUGGCCGCAUGUCCAAGAAGCAAAGGGACAGCCUGCAUGCAGAGGUGCAGAAACAGCUGCAGCAGCGGCAACAGCAGCAACGGGAACAAGCGGCCAAGACCCCUCCCGUGGGAGCCCAAGGAGCAGACACCCUCGCCUGCACCUUGGGGCACCCGGAUGGGCAGCUACCCCUGGGCUCCUCGCCUGACCUGCCAGAGGCCUCAGCCUGUCCCCCCAGUCUCCUGAGGGCUCCAGGCUGCGGGCCCUCCUACUCCAACAGCCUGGCCAAGACUGGGCUCAAUGGGGCCUCGUACCACCUGGAAUAUAGCCCUGAGCGGGGCAAGGCUGAGGGCAGGGAGAACUUCUAUGGCACAGGCAGCCAGCUGGCCCCAGACAGGGGCGGACUUCACUCUGAGGACCCCAGGCGUCCUGGGCUUGGGGAGCCAGGACGGGGCCUGGACAGCUACUUCACCCCCAGUUUCCGCAGCACCCCAGAGGUGCCUUAUGCUUCCCUGACAGAGAUUGAGCACCUGGUGCAGAACGUUUGCAAGUCCUACCGGGAGACAUGUCAGCUGCGGCUGGAGGACCUGCUCCGUCAGCGCUCCAACAUCUUCUCACGAGAGGAGGUGGCUGGCUACCAGAGGAAGUCGAUGUGGGAGAUGUGGGGACGCUGUGCCCACCGACUCACCGAGGCCAUUCAGUAUGUGGUGGAGUUCGCUAAGAGGCUCCCGGGCUUUAUGGAGCUCUGCCAGAACGACCAGAUCGUGCUACUCAAAGCAGGAGCCAUGGAAGUGGUGCUGGUCAGGAUGUGCCGGGCCUACAACGCUGACAACGACACAGUCUUUUUUGAAGGCAAAUACGGUGGCGUGGAGCUGUUCCGAGCCUUGGGCUGCAGUGAACUCAUCAGCUCCAUCUUUGACUUCUCCCGCUCCCUGAGUGCCUUACGCUUUUCAGAGGACGAAAUCGCCCUCUACACAGCCCUCGUCCUCAUCAAUGCCAACCGGCCAGGGCUCCAAGAGAAAAGAAAAGUAGAACAGCUGCAGUGCAAUCUGGAGCUGGCCUUUCAUCAUCAUCUCUGCAAGACUCAUCGCCAAGGCAUCCUGGCAAAGCUGCCACCCAAGGGGAAGCUGCGGAGCCUGUGUAGCCAGCACGUGGAAAAGCUGCAAACCUUCCAGCAUCUCCACCCUAUCGUGGUCCAAGCUGCUUUCCCUCCACUCUACAAGGAACUCUUCAGCACUGAAAUCGAGUCACCCGAGGGACUGUCCAAGUGACCUGGAGGAGGGACUCCAUUCCCUUUCCUAGAGCCUGCUGGCUCACCUUUCCCUUGGUCUUUUCCUUUCCUGUGGCCCCUGGAGGGUGGUCUCUGACUGUGGGGGGAUGGGUGAACAAACGCUGAGACUGGGUUUCAGCCCACCAGUCUGCCUGGCAGCAGGCCAAGAGCCAGAGGGUUGGGAUCGAGGGACUCCGUCCCCAGCCUCAGCUUUGUCCGGGCUCCUUUCCCAUGCCCUGUCACCCCCAGCUUCUGGGAGGCCUGGGGUGGGAUACAAGGACUUCUCGGAGGACCUAGGUAUCCUCAGGACAAUAGGGGGUUCCAGGACACCCUGGAUGAAUGGAACUCAACUCUGGACUCAGAAGCUAAGAAUAGGACUUUGAAAUACCUCAUUGCACUUCCCCGGGGGCUUUGGCUGGGGUGGUGCCACAAGCUUGGAGACUGGCGGCCGGAGCCCAGAAGGACCUGCAUAUAACACGAAUCUGCAUCACCAGGUUUUCUGCCUGACCCCUCCUCCCAGCUCAGCAAGGAAAUGGUUAGGCACUCGGGGGUCUUGAAAAAAAAAAACAACUGGAUAUGUGAAGGGUAAGGAUGGGAUGGGAGUAAGGGAGGGGCUGGGGAUGAUAAUUUUAUGGGAUUUGGAUAUAGGGAUAGGGUAUGAUGAAGACCAAGAACAUCACAGACAGACAGAACUCAGACUUCUUAUGUGCACUUUAAAAAUAGACUUUAGGGGUCACCCAAAUUGGUCAGAGACACACAUCCACAGACAGGUGAAACAUACUCACACACUCAACCUGCAGUCGUGUGGCUCUGUAGCACAUUUAAUCGGACACAAUCUGUCUCCCUCGAGGUCACAGCUCAGAGGAGCUUAGCGGCCCCAGGGAAGAGUCCCAAUCCUGAGGGACCCCAGAACAUUUCACCUGGUGCUCUAGUGCCCCAGUCUUAGGCCAGGGGCAGCCCAAACUCUAUGCCAGCCCCAGCUGUCUUCGGUUGCAAGAAAUCCUAAAAGAUUUCCUAAAAGAAUCCUAAAAGAAGAGGUAGCUGGACACUGAUCAGUCACAGGGCCAAAAAGAGGGCCAAGAACAGUACUAGUUGUCUGGUCCCCACCCUGCAGCCCUGCUCUUGUUAUGAGAAAGGAAGCAGAUGCAAUUCCAGCACUCUCUCCGUGGAUACCGCUGGGUCCAGCAAGGUGGAGAAGACCGUGAUCUUGCCCAAGAACUUCUCUUGGUUUUAUAAAUAGCUGUGUGCCCUGCUUGGAGGGAAACAGCAGGUGGUCAGGAGGUUUGGUUUUUUUUCUUUUUUUUCUCUCAGGGGAGUGUAAACAUAAACUCCAACCUGUGCCAUUCUUUAUAAAAUAAUUUCAAAGGCAAGAGGUGUGUGUGCCAGGUGGGAGGAGCCUUAAUGAAGGUUAUCCUAGUGCUGCUCUGAAAUCCCAUUUCUGCGUGAGGACCCAGGUUCCUAGCCCAGGCAGCCAUCAACACUGUAAGGAUGCUAGCCCCCCACCCUGAGCCGUCCCCCAUAGAGGUGAGGGAGCUGACUAUCAGGAAUGCCCCCCCUCCCCCACUGAAGCAAUCUCAGACUAAGCACCACAGCGGGCGUUCUGGACUGAGAACUUUCCCCACAAAUGAUACCCACGGACAUUUAGAAUGAGAGGUGGCACAGAAUCGCCCAGCAUUUGGGAGACUGAAAGACAACCCUAUGGAGAAUGCCUGGCCGGCCCCAGAGCUCCUCGGGGGAGUCAGGAUGUCCGAGAGACUCCAACCCUCCCACCCCUGGGGCUCCAAGCCUCCCCCUGCACUCCCUCCCCUCCACUGCCAGCCUGUAGUGGCGACUGCUGCAGCCCUCCCUGGUUGCUUUAUUUAUUUAUUUUGCACCAACAGGGUUGCUGCAGACUCAUUCUCGCCCGGUUUAAAAGAGAGAGAGGAAAAAAAAAAAAGGAGAAAUGCUUUCUGGCUCUUCUCUCUACCUCGGUCUUGGCAGCAGGCGGCCGCAGCAGCAAUAGCAGCAGCGGCCCGGCAGGCGGGCAGGCAGGGAGUGAGGCACUCAGGGAGGUGCGGGCCGAGGGGCAGCUUGAACGGGACGGGCCCCCAGCCCUGGACAGAUGCGGUGCCCAACUUGAUGCCACCCUCCGGCUUCUCCGGUAAGUGCCCCCACCUCCUGUCCUGGAGCUGCAGCUGCCCUUCUCCAUAACAUGCUCAGAGACAAGGCCAGACCCACGAGGGCUAGAGGGUUUGUGCCCACUCUGCUCCCAGCCCACCAUUGAUCUUGGCCUCUUAGGACUUUGAUGGGAAAAGUAAGAUGUCCCAGGUGCCCCUGGGCAAAAGGACUCCAAGGAGCUCUCCCUCCAUUUCCCAGGCGCUCUACUUCUGGGAAGGAUUAUUUUGCAAUCAGUGUGGAUAUUCCAGAGACCUUUCCUCCAGGAGCACCCUCCCAACCCCCCAUGUAGUUCCCCAUGCUUCACUCAGGUCUGCUUUGAAGAGGCUGUCCAGUAUCAAAUGUGUCCCUGGAUUGGCACACAGAGGCAAGAAGAAGAAAGACCCCUACUUCUUGAGGGUGAUGCCCCUGGACCCCAGCCCACAUGAGGAGAGAAAGAAGGGUUCUGACACCUAUCUGUUCCUGCAAAGUGGCCGGGAGCCAGUCCCAUAGCCACAGAGCUUAGCAAAGGAAGUUUGUGAUUACAUUAGCCACCUUUAAAGAGAAGGGGCCGGACCUGCCAGCCCCUGGUCUGGAAGGCUCUGGAGACUAAGAGGAUGCUCACAAGAGUGGGAAGGGGGAAAGCUGGGUUACACGCUUCACUGCACUUUUGCUGAAUGCAGGAAAGAAGGAAGAGCAGGAACUGCAGCAGUAGUGAUAAAGAGCUAGCUGUCAGAUGGACUUUCCAGGACAGGCACUGGGGGAGGGGAGCAGGGAUGAGGGAAGUGGGACAUUGCUCCCUGGAGAAUUCUUAGCAUGCCAUCCAUACCUGUUAGUUUGGGAUGGGGAACAGAGGAGCCUGCUCAGUAGCCUCAGCUGGGCCAUUCUUUCUCAUGCCCAAGCCUCAGAACAGUGUCCCACGUCCCGUGCUCUUUCGGCCUCUUUCUCCAGUUCCUGAACUACUAUGGUCCCCUGAAAUAGCUGUAGGGUAGCCACCUGAAUGAUCCUUGUGGGAGGGGGUAUAGUGUGGGAAAUAAAGGGGAAAAAAAUCAUA